UUCAGGGUUACCUCAGGUUGACACAAUUUUGUCUAAAGAUGAUGAGCAACAACAGUCUCCACCACCUGCUUAACAAAUAGAGUUUAUCCCUAUCCAGCCUUUGCCAGCACCGCAAUGUAAUUUUUCUGGUAAUUUAGGCUAUAAUGGGACAGAGUCUCUUGAACUUCAGAAAGCAUUAGGGAAUCAGCAGAAUGUAGGACAGCAGCAGCAAAUUGCUGGGCAGGGGCUCUUAGUUCAAGAACCAGACGGAUUAAUGGUUGCCACUCCAGCACAGACGCUUACCGACACUCUUGAUGACCUAAUAGCAGCUGUGAAUAGCAGAGUGCCCAGUGGCUCCACCAGCUCCCUGCACACUACUGAAUCCCCUACACCUGAGCCUUGUUCACAGGCAUCGAGCAAUGUGCCCUCGCAGUCAGUGCUCCCUAUGUAUCCUUCAGUUGACAUCGAUGCACAUACUGAAAGUAAUCAUGACACUGCUCUGACCCUUGCAUGUGCGGGAGGUCAUGAAGAACUUGUAUCUGUACUGAUAGCACGUGGUGCCAAUAUUGAACACAGAGACAAGAAGGGCUUUACGCCUUUGAUUCUGGCUGCAACUGCUGGACAUGUUGGUGUAGUGGAAAUUCUUCUAGACAAAGGUGGGGAUAUAGAAGCACAGUCUGAGCGCACAAAGGAUACUCCGCUUUCGUUGGCAUGCUCUGGUGGACGCCAAGAG